CUUAACUAUACAAAAUCAACAAUCUUGAAAUCCAUACAAUAACAAGCAGCUCAGUGUUGUCUUUCUUCAGCAAUAGACACACAAUUAUCUUAUCACAUAUUCCAAAAUGGCUUCUCUUUCCAUCUCUGUAAAACAUACUCUCCCUUCUCUGCUCCACAGUCAAACCCCAAAAAUCCCCAUUUCCCAGAACCUCACCAUUGUCUCCAGAUCAUCACAAUCUCAGUUUUAUGGUCUUAAAGUCCAAAAUUCACCUUCUUUUUCAACCCCUUCUUCUUCUUGUUCUAGAACUUCCAUUGUUGCUAAGGUGAACAAAGGUACAGUGCCUCCACCAUUCACAUUGAAAGAUCAAGAUGGUAAAAAUGUGAGCCUUUCCAAGUUUAAAGGCAAACCUGUUGUGGUUUAUUUCUAUCCUGCUGAUGAAACUCCUGGUUGCACCAAACAGGCAUGUGCCUUCAGAGACUCUUACGAAAAAUUCAAGAAAGCAGGAGCUCAAGUUGUUGGAAUUAGCGGAGAUGAUCCUGCUUCUCACAAGGCCUUUGCAAAGAAGUACAGACUCCCAUUUACCUUAUUGUGUGAUGAAGGCAACAAAGUUAGGAAAGAAUGGGGGAUCCCAGGAGACCUUUUUGGUGCAUUGCCGGGAAGACAGACUUAUGUGCUUGACAAGAAUGGAGUGGUUCAACUCAUAUAUAACAAUCAGUUCCAACCUGAAAAGCAUAUUGAUGAAACAUUGAAGUUACUUCAAAGCCUUUAAAUAUUAAGGUUCUCCUUUCUACAUUCUUUUCCUGCCUUUUAAACAUUAAAUUUCUCGUACUUUUUCUGCCAAUUGUAUGUGAUCUGAGAGUCUGUACAACCAUUUUUAGUUGUUAGAUAUGUGAAAGGAGCUGUUAGUUUGGAGUCUUGCUACAAUUUAUGCUGUAGAAUGUUAAACUCGCGGCCUCCUGUGAGUGAUAAAACUUUUAUAUAUGGGCCUUUACUCUUUGUAGUAA